GUCAGGUCAGGUCAGGAUCUGGAGUUUUUAGAUAUGCUUAAGAAAAGAAAACCACAGAGGUCUCGGAGUCAGAAAACAAAGGCAAUGGCGGAGCGCUGCUGGUCCGCGCGCAAUCUCGAUUAGUUCUCCACCUUUCUCCUCCGCCGGAAUAUUCUCUACUCGGUAGCCGCUGGAAAAGGAUUCUUCAUUCGCGGUUGUAUUGUAUGGGGGCGUCGCUGUCGAAUUUGACCGAGAACGGGCCGGGCAACGGCGGGCCGGGCCUGGGGGACAUACCGGAGGAUCUCGUCACGCUCGUGUUCCGCUACCUAACGCCACCGGAGAUAUGCAAAUUGGCGCGCCUCAACAGCGCAUUCCACGGCGCCGCUUCGUCAGACGCGGUUUGGGAAUCCAAGCUUCCGUCUAAUUACCACCAGCUGCUCGAUUUCCUCUCGCAAUCCGACGUCUAUCAACGCCUCUGUAAGAAGGAUAUCUUCGCACUCCUUUCCCGCCCCCUUCCGUUCGACGACGGAAACAAGGUGGUAUGGGUGGACAAAUUUACUGGGAGAGUUUGCAUGUGUAUAUCUGCAAAGGCAAUGGCAAUAACUGGCAUCGAUGACAGAAGGUAUUGGAAUUGGGUUCCGACGGAGGAGUCAAGAUUUAACGUCGUCGCCUAUUUGCAGCAAAUUUGGUGGUUCGAAGUCGACGGUGUGGUGAAAUUCCCUUUCCCGCCCGAUAUAUAUACACUGUCGUUCAGGACUCAUCUGGGUAGAUUCUCCCGACGACUCGGCCGCCGCGUCUCCAAUUUCGAUCACACCCACGGAUGGGACAUCAAACCCGUGCGGUUCGAACUGUCCACUUCGGAUGGGCAACAAGCAACGACGGAGUGCUUGUUGGACGAUACAAAACACAACGAUGCCACGAGUUAUAAACGCGGCUGUUGGAUAGAUUACGAGGUCGGCGAGUUCGUCGUCACGGAAUCGAACCACGAAACUGAGGUUAGAUUCUACAUGAAACAGAUUGAUUGUACGCAUUCGAAAGGCGGCCUCUGCGUCGACUCGGUUUCGAUCAUUCCGAUCGAACUGAGAGAACGCCGGAGACGAAGAGGAGGCUCUCUUAAGUAAAAAACAAACAAGUAUGAUCUCUAUAUACUCCUCUUUUACUUUUUUAUUUUUUUGCUGCAGAUAGACAAUACACACACACAAAUUCUACCUGCCUAUUUAUUAUUAUAUCGUAAGUUAUUUCUGAAAUGUGUUUUUGCAAUUGAUUCAGUUCUCUUUCUCACACAAAUGUUUUUGUCCAAAUCCUGCUGAAGAUAUGCCUCUAUAUAUAUAUAUAUUAUUGAUUUUAUUUUAAAUUAAACAUGGGUUUGUAGAUCAUCAUGUCUGUAAUAUUUUCAGUUUGUCUGGAAUUCUUGAAAUAUGAUUAUGACUUUGAGGGUAAAUAUUUGGAGAAAAUGUGAAUUUUGUGUGAUGUUUGAUGGCAAUUAGUAUUAGUUUUGGUGGGGGUAGGUGGUGUAGGUGUAGGCAUGUAACACGCACGCACGUUUAUUUGCUAAGUAAUUAAAUACUAUUUUGUCAUUAUAUUAUGGAUCAUUACACUGCUCCUAAAUAUUUUCUGUCUCAUAAAGUUGUGUCGUAUCUUCAUUUGUUGAUUUAAUUGAUGGUUCGGUGGUUCCCCUUUUGACUCUAAAAUGUCACUUCAUAUUAUACAUAAAAUCUAUUGCCUUUGGUUUAGUCAAAAUUUUAGACAUUUGUAAUUAUUACAUGCUAUUAUAAAUAUUGUUUGAAUAUACAUACGAUGUCUCAUCUAUUCUCGUCUGUUAUAUUUAAAAAUAUUGAUUUUUUAUUUUAUAAAAAUAAUUAUAUAUUGAUAUUAAAAUGUUUUUAAAUUUUAUUUAUUCAUAAAAUUUUAUUUUUUCUAAUGUAUACAUAAGUUUUUGUUUUUUCGUAAAUACACGGACACUAUGCCGUGCAUAAUCCAGGCUUGCAUUGGGCCUAGAAUUUGCAAUAUCAGCCCAAUGUAUAAAUUUUGAGGCCCAGCCCAUUGUAUAAUAAUUCCAUUGUGGUUAUUUCUUCCCGCAUCUAUCAAAACGUUUAUUCUAUAUAUACCAUUCUGGGAAAUUCAUGCCAAACAAGUCAUCGCUUGAAAUUACACACACAACCCGAGAACCCUGUCAAACAAGUGAAACAACGACGAGUACAACAACAGUAAAAAAAGAAAGCUUCGGGUCCGGGUCCGGGU